GUGUGUGUGUGUGUGUGUGUGUGUAUGUGUGUGUGUGUGUGUGUGUGUGGUGGGGGGUUGUUUCAGUCUGGGUUUGGCUUGUGUGUCUGGCAUCAGCGUCUGGGAUUUAAGGACUCAGGAUCUGUGGGGUCUAUGCAGUGUAGACGGUGGGUGUUGCUGGCAGCCUCUGGAUGGGGUUAUGUCUGAGCCUGUGUGUGUGUGUGUGUGUGUGUGUGUGUGUGUGUGUGUGUGUGUUGGGUCCGAGGGGCUUGUCACUGUGAUCGGCUGGCUCGUGUGUCAUGUGGGCUGCGUGUGUGUAGUGUUUAUGUCAGUCACGUGAGACCAGUGUUUUCUGUGGGUGCGCUAGGUGUGUGUGCUGCUGGGCUGUGUGGGAUUAGAGUUAGCUGUAGGGUGUGUGUGUGUGUGUGUGUUUGUGGGUGUUGCUGACAGUUGGUGAUGAUGUUUGAGGGUUGCGUGAGGAGGGUGGGUUGGUGUCUGGUGGUGUGUUGAGGUCUGAUGGCAUGUGUCUGUGUGUGCCUGAUUUAUGUGUGUUCUGAGAGUUGGUGACAUGUGGGUGUGUUUUGGGGGUGUUGAUGUCUGUGUGUCCGUGGGUGUCUGUUUUGUGUUGAUAUGUGAGUCCAGGGGUGUGCAGGUCUUAUCUCUGGAGUGAGUAUGUGUGUGUGGAGAGGGGCAUGUUUGGGAACUGAGGCAGUGCCUAGCUUGUGUGUGUGUGUGUGUGUGUUUGCAAUGGCUGCAUUGUUUGAAUGUGCCCCUGGGCAUAUCAACAGUGGGUCAGUGUGUGAGACUUUGACAGUUUGGAUGUGUGGGGAUGGGUUGUGCCAGCCAGUGUGCACAGUAUGUAGAGUGCUUGUGAUGGUCUGUCUGGAUGCUCCUGCUUUGGUCGGGGUGUGUGUGUGUGUGUGUGUGUGUCGUGUGUACUGAGUAGUGAUGUCCGAGACUGGGGCCAUCUCAGUUUGUGUGCAAGUGGGAGGUGGGGUGGGCGGUCAGGCUGGCCAGUCCCGUGUGAGUCCUUGUAUGUGUGCUGUGGGGGCCUCGAUGUGCCUCGCUGCCCUCCCUGUGUGCCCGUCGCUGUGUCAGGAAAGUUGUCCCCACCAGCCCAUGCUGUGAGUCCCAAGUGGAGUGAGUUUGUGUUGUGGGACCGUCACAGCCCUCAUACACACACCUGCGAGACCCCUCCAUCCGUCCUGUGUGAGCCCUGUCCUUGCUGUGAGAGCCGUCCUGUGCCCCCUGUCCCUCCUGUGUGCCCAUCACCGUAUGCACGGGAGGCUCUCCAGGCCAGCCAGGACCCGGUGGUGUCAUCCCCUGGCUGGGCGUGUCUCUGUGGGGCCAUCACCCCCUCCCCAUGCACACACACCUCCACUCUUCUCCAUCUGGGUCCUGACCCCGGGUAGGCUGGAGGUACAGUGGGCCCUGGUACUUCCCUGCUGACCUGCUCCUCCUCCCAUGUCCCGCAGGCCCCAGGGAGCGCCAUGGCCCGCGCACGCCAGGAGGGCAGCUCCCCGGAGCCCGUAGAGGGCCUGGCCCGCGACGGCCCGCGCCCCUUCCCGCUCGGCCGCCUGGUGCCCUCGGCAGUGUCCUGCGGCCUCUGCGAGCCCGGCCUAGCUGCCGCCCCCGCCGCCCCCGCCCUGCUGCCCGCUGCCUACCUCUGCGCCCCCACCGCUCCACCCGCCGUCACCGCCGCCCUGGGGGGCCCCCGCUGGCCCGGGGGUCCUCGCAGCCGGCCCCGAGGCCCGCGCCCGGACGGUCCUCAGCCCUCGUUCUCGCUGGCGGAGCAGCACCUGGAGUCGCCCGUGUCCAGCGCCCCGGGGGCCCUGGCAGGCGGUCCCACCCAGGCGGCUCCGGGAGUCCGCGGGGAGGAGGAACAGUGGGCCCGGGAGAUCGGGGCCCAGCUGCGGCGGAUGGCGGACGACCUCAACGCGCAGUACGAGCGGCGGAGACAAGAGGAGCAACAGCGGCACCGCCCCUCGCCCUGGAGGGUCCUGUACAAUCUCAUCAUGGGACUCCUGCCCUUACCCAGGGGCCACAGAGCCCCCGAGAUGGAGCCCAAUUAGGUGCCUGCACCCGCCCGGUGGACGUCAGGGACUCGGGGGGCAGGCCCCUCCCACCUCCUGACACCCUGGCCAGCGUGGGGAACUUUCUCUGCACCAUGUAGCAUACUGGACUCCCAGCCCUGCCUGUCCCGGGGGCGGGCCAGGGCAGCCACUCCAGCCCCAGCCCAGCCUGGGGUGCACUGACAGAGAUGCGGACUCCUGGGUCCCUGGCCAAGAAGCCAGGGGAGGGAGGGCUGAUGGACUCAGCAUCGGAAGGUGGCGGUGACCGAGGGGGUGGGGACUGAGCCGCCCGCCUCUGCCGCCCACCACCAUCUCAGGAAAGGCUGUUGUGCUGGUGCCCAUUCCAGCUGCAGGGGUGACACUGGAGGGGGGGUCUCCUCUCAGUGCUCCUUCACUCUGGGCCUGGCCUAAGGCCCCUGGUGCUUCCCCCCCUCCUCCUGGGAGGGGGCCUGUGAAGAGCAAAUGAGCCAAACGUGACCACUAGCCUCCUGGAGCCAGAGAGUGGGGCGCGUUUGCCGGUUGCUCCAGCCCGGCGCCCAGCCAUCUUCCCUGAGCCAGCCGGCGGGUGGUGGGCAUGCCUGCCUCACCUUCAUCGGGGGGGGAGGGUGGCCAGGAGGGGCCCAGACUGUGAAUCCUGUGCUCUGCCCUCGACCACCCCCCGCCCCAUCAAUCCCAUUGCAUAGGUUUAGAGAGAGCACGUGUGACCACUGGCAUUCAUUUGGGGGGUGGGAGAUUUUGGCUGAAGCCGCCCCAGCCUUAGUCCCCAGGGCCAAGCGCUGGGGGGAAGACGGGGAGUCAGGGAGGGGGGGAAAUCUCGGAAGAGGGAGGAGUCUGGGAGUGGGGAGGGAUGGCCCAGCCUGUAAGAUACUGUAUAUGCGCUGCUGUAGAUACCGGAAUGAAUUUUCUGUACAUGUUUGGUUAAUUUUUUUUGUACAUGAUUUUUGUAUGUUUCCUUUUCAAUAAAAUCAGAUUGGAACAGUGGA